CGGUAGGUUUUCGGCAGGUAAAGUCCGCCGCGAUGAGGCUCCGUUUGGCCGGAGCCGUGCUGCUGUCGGCGGCCGCCUACUACGUCUACCUGCCGCUGCCGAGCGGCGUGAGCGAGCCGUGGAAGCUGAUGCUGCUGGACGCGCUGUUCCGGAGCUUCAUGCAGGCGAGUGACGUGGCUCACGCGCUGGGCUUGUGUCACCGGGUGCACCUGUUGGACCAGGUGGUGUCGUGGUUGGAGGUGAUCGAGGCUCGCUCCUGCCCCGCCGUGCACGUGACUGACUCCAGGCUGGGCGGCGUGCCCGCCCGGGUCUUCCAGCCAAAGGGGGGCAAGCAGCUGAAAAGGGGGGUCAUAUAUUUCCACGGUGGUGGUUGGGCCCUCGGCAGCGGACGGAUGCGAUCGUACGACCUUCUUUGUCGGAAAAUGGCGGAAGACCUGGACUCUGUCGUCAUGUCUGUCGAUUACCGUCUCGCUCCGGAGGCGGUUUUCCCAGAUCAGUACCAUGAUGCGUUGGCGGCGUCGCGGGCUUUCCUGUCCCCUCAGGUUUUACAGCGUUACAGCAUCGAUCCAGAGAGGGUGUGUGUGUCCGGAGAUAGCGCAGGAGGAAACCUGGCUGCCGCUGUGGCGCAGGAGCUCAGCUCAGAUCUCAGUCUGACGGCGAGGUUCAAGCUCCAGGCGUUGAUCUACCCCGUGCUGCAGGCGCUCGACUUCUACACGCCAUCCUACCAGCAGAACCAGGCCGUGCCCAUCCUCUACAGGCCCGUCAUGGCUCGGUUCUGGCUGCAGUACCUGGGCGCCGACUCCUCCCUGGAGCCCCUCCUGCUCGCCAACAACCACAGCUCCCUGGACCAGCCGGCCAUCAGCGCCGGCACCCGGUCCAAGCUGGACUGGACCGCUUUGCUCCCGGCCGAGCGCAGGAAGCACUUCCGGCCGGUCGUCAAAGAAACGGGAUCGCUGGGGGUGAUGGGCGAGGUACCGGAGCUGAUGGACGUGAGGGCGGCACCGCUGCUGGCGGAGCAGGGGGUUCUGGGUAGGACGCCUAAAGCGUACGUGAUGACCUGUGAGUUUGAUGUGCUGAGGGACGACGGGUUGAUGUACGUCAGGCGCCUGCGGGACGCCGGCAUCACGGUGACAAGUGACCACUACGAGGACGGCUUUCACGGCUGCAUGGUGUUUGCCUUCCUGCCAAUUAGGUCGAGUGUUGGACAGAGGAGCAUGAACAACUACAUCCACUGGCUGGACCAGAAUCUGUAGUCAAUCAAAGCGCUCCAGAUCCUUUUGAAGCAGGUUUGUGGCACCAAAGACGUCCUGGAGCAGAGAGUCCGGUACUUGAGAGCUCCUUGUUAGACCUGCAGAGAGGACACGUCUUUGGUCAUCAUCACUGUAAAAUCAUGUAAAAUGGACAAGUGGUUAAAAAACCUGUAACCCAAAAGGUCGCAGGUUUGAUCUGCUGCGUCCGUCAGCGGCGACACUUCCUGAGCAUCUGCAGAAUAUGUUGAAUUUGUGUGAGUGCAAUGAGUCGUUUGUCUCACGGCUCCUCUUGGUCGAGUCCACAUGAACUCGAGUAUUUUAAAAAGUUUUAGAUCCGGGAAAACUGAGCUUUUUGAAAACUCCUUCCAGGGUGAGGACAUUCAGAAGCUCUGGGUCUCCAGCUGCAGGAAGCCUACAGCUUUUUUCAGGCUUCUGAUUGGCCAGGAAAUACCUGUGUACGUGUGGACUCUGUCUUGGAUGUGGCACCUGGUCGCUGUAGCUGCCGCUCAGAAAAAUCCCCAAAAUAUUCCAAAACACAUGCAGAGACAAAGACCACCACACACUUAGUGGGCCAUAAUGAGUGAGAGGGAUUAUUUUAUACAUUUUCUUCCGACUCAUUCUGCCUUUGAAAAGUCUGUCAACGCAGCUGAAAACGUCUGCAGCUGGAGAGUCUGAUGGACCUCAACGCAGCUUCACCGAACCCUGAAACCAAAAUGCUUUCAAUCAAAUGCAACCAAAGACGCUUUCACAUGUAUGUCAAACGCCAUAAACUGACUGAGUCCACGAGUUUAUGUCAGGGCCGACGAGCUGAAUGUUCAGUAUGUCUUUGACUUUGUACCUUUAUCUCUACGGGCAACACGUUAAACUAACAGAAGCACGCAGGAUGCCCUCCAAGACCCACAAUUUCAAUGACAGAAGCUAAUUAUAGGAAGUCUUAAAAUAUGCUGGAGCUGUUUUUUUUUUAAAUGAUGACUCAAACACAUCAGAGGUGUCUGAAUUAACUGAUAGGAGAAUUCUCAGUGGCCAUUAACAGGUAAAACACUGGGCUGUGAUUGGGCCGUGAAAGCCACGCAUCCUCAGCGCCUCUCUGAGUCGUCCUAGUUGACUGUAAUCUGAAACAGGAAGCACAACUUUUGGGGAAAUAAAUCCCCAUUAAAAAUCUGUUAAAGCAACAGAGAGAAGCUCCAGAAUGUUCCUGUAAAAACUGAAGCUGUGAGCCCUGAAUGUGAUCCUGAACGGUCCUGAUCGGACCAGUCUGAGGGGUCAAAGUCACUCUUUAAGUUAUCUUCAGCUUUUAUUCUUUUAUGAUGCAAUGAGACACUGAAACUGUGUGCAAAAAACACACAAAACAGGCCAGGCGUGGUUGCAGUGUGUGUGUGUGUGUGUGUGUGUGUGUGUGUGUGUGUGUUAAAAGUAUGCCAGAGUUCACAUCUGUGUACACUCACUGGAUUGUGCAAUAAUGUAUGUUUGACAGUAUCCUCACACUCUGUAACUCCACUCUGUGAUGACACUGUACUGCAGGGCCGCUGCAGCGAUGACCAUGAUUAAGAUAGCUGUGAAAUUCAUGCCAGAGUUACUGUAUCGGCGUGAGAGAUGAGAUCCCAAAUGGACUAUCGUGUUUCCCUCCCCCCACCGCCGCCGGCCCGAAGCUGAAAUAAUGAGCCGCGCGGCAGACAGACUCGGUUCGGCUCUCGAGCCGAGAGCGAAAGGCUGUGAUUUCUCUCCUAACCUGACUCUCUGAACGCUUUCAGGAACAAGCGAUGAUGUUUGAUGUUUGUAAAUAGGAAAUUUUAAGAUUAGAUCGGGUGAUGUGGACUCCAGGGAAAGACUUCUGAAUGUUUCUUAGUGCUGUAAUUGUAAGGCUUCAUGUGGAAUUACACAUCAGACAGUUUUAUAUCCUAUAAAUAAGGUUUUAAUAUUAGUAGGAUUUUGCAAUGGGUUGUUUCAGCCAAGCAAAUUCACAAAACUGGGCCCACAUGUCCCCCCGCAGCUAAUUCAUCCAUAAACGAUCUGUUUCAUCGGUGACAGCUCGAGUGGUUUGAAGAGAGCAGAUCACAGUUUGUCUUGAUGUCUUCAUGUGAUUCCUUUAAUAAUGUUUUCAUUAUCAUGUGGGCUUUUGUUUUUUUGUUUUUCAGUGCACGCUUCAGUGCUGACGUGCAGCAGCACCUGUAGAGGGCGCUCUCUGGUGGCCUCACCGGACGUCCUCUGCUUUUAUAAGAGCGUUCAGGAUUAGAUGUGAGACUGGAGCUCGAAGACUGUUGAUUUAGUCACAACGAGCUCAAUUAAACUCAACAAAAAUCUGCUGUUUAGUGCUGAAUCCAUCUGUCCAAAUGAGUCAGGAAGACACUGAAACUCUUAUAUCAAUGAUUUAUCUUCUGCAAACGGAAACAUGUCAAUCUGAAGAGCUGAAAUGAUUAGUUAAUUAACUGACUGAAAAUUAAUGAGCAACGUUUUUCUGCUUUUCUCUGUUUCUUCUGUGAAAUCACUGUGAGCUGGGUGUCUUUGAGUUUUGGACCCCUCACGACGUCUCCUGGCCGUUUAUGGACCGCAUGAAUGAUUGAUUAACUGAGAAAAUAAUCAGCAGAUCAUUCAGUAAGGAAAAUAUUCUCGCCACCACCGCAUGGUCUUCAUCAGCAGAUGAGUUUGCUCAGUUGAAAUGAAGUUGUGGAUGUUUAAAUUUGAGGGGGGGGUUCUGAACUCUCCUCCAUUAAAGCUAAAAGUUUUAAAGCAGAACCAUCGUCAGCUGCAGCUCUGAUCACAUGAGAAACAGACACAAGUGAUCUUCAGACAUAUCGCAUGUAAAAUCUAAAAACAUGGGCUUCACUCAUCCUAAAGUAGGUUAUUGCUCAGUGAGCGUGAACUUUCACCCCCCCGCUCGUCCUCUUUAUGUUGUUUUGAGAGCAGCAGUGAACUUCCUGUUGGUGUUUUCAUCUAACCGUCAACCUAAAGGAGAGUUCGUCCACUUCGCCAGCUGAGCUCCAAACCGGCACCAGAUGUGCUUGUUUGGUGAUUUGAGGCGCAGCUGCAUCGCCGUCACAGCGGCUGAAUUCCUCCGUGCUGUAUUCGACACAGUGAGAACUGUGACGGGGUUUAAGGGGCGAAUUCAAACUGUAAAGCCCUCAGAGGGUCACCUGCUGUAUCUGUGCACUAUUUAUUUAUGGAAGAUUAUAAUGACACAUUUUGUUUCUUGUUCUGUGCAAACUCACAUUCACACGUUUUAAGGAAAUAAACUGAAAUUAA